AUGGCUAACUCCAAGUCAAAACUAAACCUCACAACUCAGAACCCCCUCGCUAUUUUCCUAACAACCUUAAUCUUUUUGGUCCUUGUAAUUAACAAGGUCAAAUCAGACUCAGUUUCUUUCAACUUCCCUAGUUUUGAGGCAAGUAAUAAAAACAUAGCUGUCAACAGUGACACCGAUGCCAACGUUAAUGGUGGAAUACUACAAAUGACUAAAAAGGAUCAAUAUGGUAACCCAUUUCCACACAGUGUUGGCUUAGCUGGCUUCUUCGGAACAGUUCCUCUCUCUAACAAAACAAGCGGCAGAAUCGCAGACUUCACCACCGAGUUCACGUUUGUUGUGAACCCAAAGGGUUCACAACCUCAUGCUGAUGGCUUCACAUUCUUUCUUGCAUCACUCGAUUUUGUGUUCCCUGACAAUUCAAGUGGCGGGUUCCUUGGACUUUUCAACGAAGUAACAGCCUUAAACACUUCCUUAAACAAAGUUGUGGCUGUUGAAUUUGAUAGCUUUGCAAACCAAUGGGACCCCAACUUUCCAGUGUCUGAUUCUCCUCAUAUAGGAAUCAACAUCAAUUCCAUUAGAUCUGUUGCAACUGUGCCAUGGCCAAUCGAUCGUCAAUCACAAGGUGCAAUAGGAAAAGCACGCGUAACAUAUGAAUCUGUGUCAAAACUAUUGAGUGUGAGUGUAACUUAUCAAAAUACUAGUGCAGUGGAAUCGUAUGCUACUACUUUAUCGUAUCCGAUUGAUUUUGCGACUGUUCUGUCGGAAAGGGCGAUAAUCGGUUUCUCUGCUGCCACUGGGGAAUUGGUUGAAACACAUGACAUUCUUUCCUGGUCUUUAACUUUUUCCUUGUAG